AUGACGUACAUGUACCCAAACUACGUCCCGAUCAACAUGACGUCAGGCAACAUGCUCGAGCCAGGGGUCGCAAGCAAGGGGAAGUACGGGCUGUUCCUGUAUGCGGAGGGUUGGAGAAAUGUCGAUUUUCGGGAAAGUCUCAGGCGCCUGUCCGGGGUACCUGUUCUGUUUAUCCCUGGCAACGCCGGCAGCUACAAACAGGUCCGCUCGAUGGCCUCCGAGUCCACCCGCCAGUUCGAGAGCGGCUUCACACCGGCAGCCGCGCCUGUUCCCACCACUAUUCCCCGGGCCAUGCUCGAGGGCGCCCACAAGUGCUCGAAGGAAAGGUGUCAAUACGCCAGCCGCCUCGACUGGUUCGCGGUGGACUUUCUCGAGGAGUAUUCCGCUCUCGACAGCCGGAUCUUGCAAGACCAGACGGAGUUUGUCGUGAAGGCGAUCGAGAAGAUUCUGGAUCUGUACAAGCAAGCGGCCCGGUUCCGGCGGAUCAAACGAGGGCGGAAGCGCACGCGCCAACUUCCUACAAACGUCAUCUUGUUUGGGCACUCGAUGGGAGGCGUGGCUGCGAGGGCCGCUCUGUUCCACCCCGCGUUUCGGGAGGGGAGCGUCAAAACCAUCGUUACGGUCGCGACGCCGCACAGGUCUCCCCCAGUUCCCCUGCAAUUGAGCGGCUCCCUUUUCUACUCCAACUUCAACCGUAAAUGGCGCCAAGGCUUCGCCGAUACCGGGCCCCUGCGUGACGUCAUCGUCGUUUCCAUCAGCGGGGGGUCCCGCGACACCCAGGUCCGGACCCCCCUGAUGCGGCUAGACGGGAUCGUACCCCCCCGGAACGGCUUCAGCGUCAGUGCCUCGGCGGUUCCGGACGUGUGGUUGGAGACAGACCACCAGGUCAUCGUAUGGUGCAACCAGCUCGUUGUCAAGCUGUCCAAGGCUCUGCUCCUUCUAUCCGAUCCCGCCACCCGCCAACCCCACGACUCCCGAGUCGUCCGCCGGGAGAUCCUGGCCGCUAAUCUAAGGAGCGCCCUCCCGGAGGCGCUCGGAUGGCUGCCACGUGGCAGCUGGACGGGCGAUUUAGACUCGGAAGAUCUGGCGGAAAUCCAGUCGCUUCUGCCACCGGGAAAAGGUCUUCAAAAAGCUGGAGAAGGUGUAAAUGAUGGACAAGGAGACGCGACGACCAAAGAGGCAUCGGACGGUGCAGAAGGGUUCGAACCGGAGCUUGAAAGAGAGGUUACAAGUGAAGAGUCGUCAAAAAGCGGUAUUGCUUCGGGGCCGGGGUAUCGUUCGCUUCCAGAAAAGGAGCCGACGUCACAAACGUUGCGGGCUAAAGCCGACGGAAGAGACUCUGAACGAGAAACGAGUCGGGAGGAAACUGUGAGCGCAAAGAGGGCGGAAAGAGGGCGGAACGACCAGAAAGCAGAAAGAAAACGGACUGACGAGGCGGAUAGCGAACGGACACACGCGAAACGGUACGGAAGAGCCUGUCCCAGCGCGUCAGAGCUCGACGGAACAGCAGAAAGGGAGGUUGUGAGUGGCUCUUUUUUGGCGCUGGAGAACGCGGACGCGAGGCAACGGUGGUUUGACGUGAGAGCCGGACGACAGGGUUUGACAAAACCUCCGGUUCUGGUGACGUCACGGGGUUUUGUGGUCCUUUUCAAUUUGGAACCGUGCACCGAGGUUCGAAUGUGGAUGGUUCGAGGAAGCACGUCAGCGGAGCCAGUUAGCCGCAAGGAGGGAAACAGUUCCGGGCGGACGGAACCGGAACAGCAAGCGGCAGACGCGGAACGAGAAGAGGCGAAACAACAAGGGCGGGGCAAGGGAUUGGAUUCCAAAGGGGCGGGAGUGGAACGGCCGAGUGCUGAAUCGGAGCAGCGAGGGGCGGAACAACGAGGGGCGGAACCGGAACGGCGAGGGCCGGAAGCAGAUCGGCGGAAUGCUGCCGAGGGGGUGACGUCCAUACCGGGUGCUGCGAAAAGAUCGAACGAGAGUCUGGAGGAAGAGCGGGCCUCUGGCGUGGACGGAACGGAACGGGUGCGGAACGAGGCCUUGGACCGAGCGGAACAGAAGCGGAACGCGGGAAGAGCGGUCAGCGAGGUGACGCUGCAAGCGGGGCGUCUUCCUGCAGGUAGCCUUCUGAGCCAAUCGGGCAGCGACCGACCCACGUGGAUCCUGAGACUGCUCCCCGAGGAACUUGCUGACGUGGACUGGGUCGUCAUCGAAACGUCCCGGGCGGACGAGAGUCCGCCGGCCGCUGAACCCGUUCUGUUUGCCCAAUUGAUCCAGCCAGGGGAGGGGACCUUGCAACUAGGGUGGCGGGACCUGUUGGCGACCUCCAUUUUCCCUCGGGUUCUCACGCUCCCGGAGGGGCAUAGCUUGUGGACUGAGGUCACGGCCCCGCUGCCCUUAUCGCUUCUCCCGAUGACGCUUCGGUUCACUCAGCGCGACUGCCCGGCGGUUCAGAAGGGGGACCCAAAAUUGGAUACAGGGACGUGCUCGGCUCCAUGCUCGCCGCCUCUAGUUCUCGCCUGGGACCCGUCCAUCGAACAGGAGCGCAUUUGGACGGUCACAAACGCGACUACCCUCCAAACGGACGGCUCGCCCGGGGGGGGCGCGUCUAAAGGGGGAACGAACCCCCCCUCCGUGAUCCUUUCCGAUCCACGCUGCGGUUAUCGCGUCUCGGUUACGAUAGCGCCCCACCUGGCCUGCUUCCGUUUUCUGGCGACAAACGCGCCCCGGAUCGUCAGCUUCGCGGUCGCCCUCGUCCUGUUCAUUCUCGCAGUCCAGUCACACCCUCGGAAACCGGGGAAGCAGACACCGAACCCAGUAGCCGCUCUUUGCCAGCUGUUAACCCUCCAAACCACGCCGUUAACCCUCCGAAGUUUGCUGUUAGGCCUCCAAACCCCCCUCCGAACCCGUCUGCCCGUGUCGCUCGUAGUCGUAGCAUUAGCUGCAGCCCUGAUCCCCAUCAGCCGCUCCCUAGAAGCUGCCCGGGCAAUUCGAGUGACGUCAGCCGACGUCUACCUGCUGACGUCAUCCGCCUUGGCGAUGACUUUUGCUGUCGGGUUAGUAGCGCUCCUCGCGGCAGCGCAGGCGACUUUGCUUCGCUUGGUUUUCUGGAGCUUGCAAAGGUUUCGUAGCACUCAGAAAACGUCGUGUACCGCGCCCGAGUGGAAACAUGAUUGGCGCCUGACGGGAACGACGCGCGUCUUCGUGGGCUGCUUUAGCGUCGCCGCUUGCCUGUUGAUCCAUCCGGCGAUUGCUCUACUGGUAAUUUUAGUCGUCCGCACGUUAGACACAGUAACGGAAAGCUGCCGGAGUCGAGAUCACGACGAGCGUAGGACUCUCGUCAAAGAGCCCAGUGCCGACACUAGCACCGACGGUCGAAGCGUUGUAGCUAACGGGGAACAAACAGGAAAGGCGGGCGUGGCUACAGCAGUGCCACGUGGCAGCACGGGGUACGGACACGUGUCCACAAAGGACCAGUGCGGGGCGGCCUUGCAGCGGCAAAGCGGUUGCCUCCUGCUCGCCUUCCUGAACUUCGUAGUAACCGCCCCCUCCGGGUUUGCAUCGUUGCCGUGCGUUUUACGACGCUGGCGAGCCCCCUCGGCAUUAAACUCGUUGCUCGUGAUUGCCCCCAUUGUAGAAGCUCUGCUUUCACCACAUGAUCGCUUGCAAGGUGGACGGAAUAGGAUCGGCUGCUCAAUCAACCAGACUGUCAGGUCGUGUUUGUACGUGCUGUUGGGUGCUUAUGCGUGCUAUGAAGGGUUGGUCGAGAGUCCGCUAGGUGCCGCACCUGUGUUUACGUUUGCGGCACUUGUAGGGCUGUUUUUCUCCUAGAGGAUGGAGUUCGUGGAUCUGAGGUGACUUAGGCUUAGGAACAGUAAGGUUGAGGUCCAAUCCCCAUCAUUGGAAAGCUUUUGAUGCUUAGAUCGGAUUGCACGCUUCACAAUCCGCGAAAUCUAGAGCAACUCAACGAGAACAUCUGAGAAAUGCUUCGAUCUAGUAGGCUAGUGCACCGAGAUUAACAACAUGAAAUGAUGACGGCU